GAUUAGGGAUUAAAGAGUCUUUUCACUUUGCCUCACAAAAGAAAAAAGGAGUCUUUUCACUACGGGGGGCAAGGAGUCCUCUUUGAGUUAGCAGACGAGGGAUUUGUGUUGCAAAAACGUAAUCAGCUGCGUGAAUUAGCGUUAAUCACAUCGGCUGGUGGUGUAAAGACACUCAACCUUCAAUCCCAGAUCUUGAAAUUCAAGAGUUGAUUUUGUACCACAUUUUCAAAUGGAAGCAGACAGGCUAAAUUCUCCGGACACAUCGGCAGUAACAUUCGAAGUUCUCGGCCAUCAGCUGCAUUUUGCGCAGGACCCAAAUUCUAAGCAUUUAGGGACUACUGUUUGGGAUGCAUCAAUGGUGUUUGCCAAAUUUCUGGAAAAGAAUUGUAGGAAGGGGAGAUUUUCACCAUCCAAACUGAAAGGGAAGCGCGUGAUUGAACUCGGAGCAGGAUGUGGCGUAGCCGGAUUUGGCAUGGCAUUGCUGGGAUGCGAUGUUGUUUCAACUGAUCAAACUGAGGUCUUGCCUUUGCUUAUGAGAAACGCUGAACGCAAUACCUCUAGAAUACUUCAGACGCUUCCCGAUCCUGAUUCUUUCGGAUCCAUUCAAGUUGCAGAACUCAACUGGGGCAAUGCAGAUCAUAUAAGGGCUGUUGAACCACCUUUCGACUACAUCAUUGGCACCGAUGUUGUUUAUGCAGAGCACCUUUUAGAGCCUCUGCUGCAGACAAUUCUUUCAUUAUCCGGUCCAAGAACUACCAUCUUGUUGGGAUACGAACUUCGCUCUACGAAUGUCCACGAUCAAAUGCUCGAGUUGUGGAAGAGCAAUUUCCAAGUUAAAAGUGUUCCUAAAUCAAAGAUGCACAGUUUGUACCAACACCCAAGCAUACAGCUUUUUAUGAUGAGCCCGAAACCUUCUGGCUGCAAGGUCGAUGAGACUGAUUGCAGCGGUGAAGAAAUCAAAUCCGAGGAAACAAAGCAAAUCUCAGACGACAAUGAAAAUGAAGAUGACAACGACAGCAACAAUCAUGUCACAAAGGGAGAUUUUGAAGGAAACACGCUGUUGAAUAAAAAUAUCAGCGACUGGGAAGCAAGAAGGUAUGGAGCAAUGGCUGCUAAGCUUCUUCGAGAUGUGAAGAUAACAUAGACAGCCGCGUUUCCUUCACGACAGGUAACACACUGUAUCUAGCUAUCCAAGAUAGACAAGAAAGUGCUUAGAGAAUCGAAAAUGUAGCAGAAUGAUUUGCGUGUUUUUUGUCAGACAAAGUUGUAUCAAAUAUUAUUUCUUGAAUGAGCUAAGUUGCAGUUCGGAAUGAAUGCGACGAAAAAAUGAGUUUCUUACUGCA